AUGAACUACAAUGGCACCGGCUACGCCUAUGAUGGGUAUGGGAACACUCUCCCUCCACCUCGCCUCGAACCCGUCCCCGUCGCCCUCCCCGGCAGCCGUGCAAACGGCCCUGUUUCUGUCCCCGUCCCCUACGAGACCGCGCUCCAGCAGCGCCCGAUUAUGUCGUUUCUGGAGCAUGGCCGCCACUACGAUUCCUUCCGACCAGGCAAAUACAUGUUUCCCAUGGACGCGGAGGAGAUGGACCGGAUGGACAUCUUCCAUAAGCUGUUCCAGGUGGCACGCUCAAAUGACUCGCACUUCGGAGGCCUCUACCAGCGCCCAAUACCUAGCCAAUCGCGAAUAUUGGAUCUAGGUUGUGGGUCUGGCAUAUGGGCAAUCGAAACCGCCGAGCAUAAUGCACAAGCCCAUAUCCUAGGUUGGGAUUUAUCCCUAAUACAGCCGCUGAGGAUUCCACCAAACGUGGUGUUUGAGCGCCGUGACAUGGAGGAGCCCUGGACCGGCAUCGAGGAGAACUCCUUUGAUCUCAUCCACAUGCGCAUGCUUCUCGGCAGCAUAGCCCAUUGGCCAUGGGUGUACGGCCAGGUCUUCAGACACCUGAUACCUGGAUCCGGACUUUUGGAGCAUGUAGAGAUUGACUUUCGCCCACUAUGUGAAAAAGGCGGCAAGAUUCCACUGCAAGGGUCCAAGCUUGACGAAUGGUCUCGGGAGUUGCACGAGGCCAUGUCUAGGUGCGGCCGACCCAUGGAGAUGGAAUCUAACACGGCCGAAGUGCUGCAAGGGAUCGGAUUCGUGGACAUCGAGCACAUCCAAAAACGGGUGCCUUUCAACCCUUGGUCGGAUGAUCCACACGAGAAGGAAAUGGGUAAAUGGUUCAACCUUGCAAUGACCCAAGGCCUGGAGGCUUUGGCAUUAGCUCCUCUGACAAGGAAAAACGGUUACAGCAAGGAGAAGGUGACCGAGAUGAAUACUCAUGUGCGCAAGGAAAUCUGUUCUCGUGAAUUGAGGGCGUACUGCACAAUGCACAUUUGGACGGCGCGACGCCCCCCUCUACCCGGCCGACGAGCUUGA